AUGUUGCCAGUUAUAUUUAGCACAGGUGAGUAAACUUUCUUUAUUGAAAAUUGCAGCUACAAAAAAAAACAAAUUUCAGUAGUAAGACGAAAAUGUUUCACAUCAACUACAACUACAAUUCGAUUAUUUGGCGGGGCUGCCGACGAAUCAAAUGAUUCAUCAUUUUCAAAAAGAAAAUUGAAAAAAUUAUUCAAAGUUGCACAAUUGGCGAAGAAAUCGAGAUCCUAUGAAAAUGAUAAAAUUGAUAAAUUGAGUGCGAUGGCAGAAUUUGGCUUAAAGUAGGUUUUGAAAUGAAUAAAUAAUCAAUUAAUGAAAUUCUUUCAGAGAAUCAGAUUUAGCAGAUUUGCCAAGUCAUAGCAGACCAGUUCUCAGUCACGCACAUAAAGAAAUGAACAAAAAUGCAAAUCUUCAAUUAUACGCGCUUACUGAUGUUUAUCAUAAAGCUCUCAAAGUUCACGGAAGUUCAGAAGCUCUUGAAGCACAUCGUCGUCCAUUAGUUGCAAUGAGAAAAGAGAUAACUGAUGCUGAAAGAAUGCGAAUGAGAAUGAGAAUUGAGACAACAAAUCAACAUGGUGGUGCAGAUCGAGUUGUUGCAAUUGCUUUUACUUUAAAUUUAUGUGAUAUGGCUAUGAAAUUCACGGCAGCUUAUUUAACAGGAUCAAAAUCAUUAUUUGCUGAAGCUAUUCAUAGUGCAAUGGAUACUUGUAAUCAAUUGAUUUUAUUGCUUGGAAUACGGUAUUCGGCUAAAAAUCCUGAUUUAUUAUUUCCCUAUGGUUAUGGAAAUAUGCGAUAUGUGACAUCUUUAAUUUCGGGUUGUGGAAUAAUGGCAUUCGGGUGUGGUUUAUCAAUGUAUCAUGGAAUAUCGGGACUAUUACAUCCUGAACCAUUAGAACCUUUGACAUAUGUAAGCAUUUUUGUUGUGGGGAAAAAAUGGUGUGAAAAAAUCUGGAAUUUUUAGGCAUAUUACGCACUUUUUAUGUCACUUUGUUUCCAAGGAACAUCAGCAAUCACAGCAUAUCGAGAAGUUUAUUCGAAAUCGCAAAAGGCUAAAGUUAGCAUGUGGAAUUAUGGUGAGAUUUUGAAAGAUUUUUGAAAAUUUCCUAUCCUGAAAAAUCUCCGAAAUUAAAACUCUGAAAGUUUUGGAUUUAAAAUUGUUAUCAUUCCCUUGAAAACUGUGUCCCACCUUCCUUUUUCGAGCACCAAAAUUAAUUUUUCAGAUGCCCAAGCUCUCAAGUUAUCCAUAAAACAUAUUUUUUCCAGUCCGAACAUCAGCAGAUCCUUCAUUGAAUGUAGUUCUUCUCGAAGACACAGCCGCAGUUUCUGGAGUCGGAAUUGCUCUUUGUGCAAUCUCACUUUCGUCAUACUUGAAUUCUCCAAUUCCUGAUUGUUGUGGUUCAAUUCUCAUUGGUGGAUUAUUAGGUUUGUAACUGUUUUUAUUCAAUUCCCGGAGCCGACGUUCAACAAAACAAAACUUGCAGGAACUGUUGCCUCAUUUAUUAUUCGCUCAAAUGCAGCUCAUUUAGUUGGUCGAAGUUUGCCGCAAAGAAUUACUGAUGAUAUUGUUGCACGGUUGAAUAAUGAUCCAAUGAUUAGGUGAGAUACAUUUUUGAUGGGAAAAAAUAUAGGCAUUUUUUAUUUGUAAAUAAAAAUUCUGAUUGUGAGAAAAAAAAUGAACAGAUCCUGAAAGUCUGUAAUGAUUUUUGCAAACGCUCCCGAAAUAUUUUAUCAAAAUGAUUUAUUCAUUUCAUUUAUCUAUCAAUAUAUACCCAUAAUUUCUAGACCCUGAUGUUUUUCUUUUUAUUUUUCUAGAUCAGUUCAUGAUGUGAAGGCGACUUGUUUGGGAGUUGAACAAAGUCGAUUUAAAGCCGAACUCGAUUUUGAUGGAAGAAUGAUAACAAGAGCAUAUUUACAAGAUGGUGUACAUGUUCCAGCAUUGUUGAAUGUGAGUUUCUGCAAAAAAUUGUUUUUGAAGAAAAAUAUUCAACAAAUUAUUUGCGGUGAAUGUUUUUUCAUCUGGCAUUUUUUUUAAUUCAAGUCAAAUUUUCGAAAAAUCAUUUACAAAAUUAAUUAACUUAUGGAAUUCCGGAAAAAUUAUACCUGUUCAAAAUUCAUUCAAAAGUUGUUUACUGUCCGUUCGCCAGCGAAGGAAACGCGGCCAAACGCGCCCCAUUGAUAAACAAUGCAUUUUUGUGCGGCGAUUCAAACAAUAAUUUUUAUUCUUUUACUGUUUUUCAUGCGAAAAAAGGCAUUUCUACUAAUUAAAAAAUGAGGAAAUUGGUUAUUGUGGAAACUACUGAGUUGAAAAGGUUUUACCUGACCAUUUUCACUUAAAAUUGGUGCAUUUGGACAGAAAUGAGCAUAGAAAAAGUGAAAUUUUCCUGAAAUUUUCUGAUUUCGGUUGGAAAUGAUAUAUAACUAGUUGGAAAUCAAGAACUAAACAGUUUAUCAACAAAAUUAAUCAAGAAAAUAGAUUAAAUUAGUGAAAAAUCACAAUUUUCGACCCAAAACACGACUUCCUCAUCGUUUCUAUCAAAACUCCGAGCGAACCGAUGACUUUUUCGCAUGAAUCUUGAUGAGAAGUAGUUUUCUUCGUCACUAAUGUGCACUUGCAUCAUUUGAAUAGCAAAUUGAUUGUCUUGAGGCAUUUUUGAGCAAAUUAUCCAUCACAUAUCGCCAUUCAUUUCAAAAUUGCGAUGAAAACCGCAAAAAUCACCAAUUUUCAAUCAACAACCUGAAAAUUGCAUCAUUGUCAUAGAAAAUACAUAACUAAACAACUCACCUUCGAUUUGAAUUGAACUGCGACUUCAAAUCACUCCAAAAAUCGAUUUUAUAACAUCUUUUCGAUCAAAACAUCGAAUUUCAUCGAAAAAAUCCAUAAAUCGCUACCAAAAACCAUUUUGUUCGGGCAAACUUGGAAGAUAAGUAUAAUUUGAGUUUUGCCAUCCUCUGAAAGCAGAAAAAUUACAAAAUUGCUUCUUUUUUUGUGAAAAACGGAGGAAAAACAAGAAAAAACGGAAAAAAAAAUGAAAAAAAUUGGGUCGGCAAAAAAAGCAAACUACGGUAUGUAGUUGGAGCGCGUUUCCUUCGCUGAAAAACAAACAGUAUAGCGUCACCCAAAAAGCUAACUUAUUUUUUCACGUAGAAUUUUUCAAAAUCCAAAUUUUUUAAUAAGAAUUCCGAAUAUUUCAUCUUUGAAAUUCCUAGAAAACUUAAUUUUCUGUGGAAAAAUUCAGAUAAAAUAUUUCCAAAAACUUCUAAUUGGCUUUCAAAUGUUCAUUUUUGAUCAAUUAUUUGCUGAAAAUUUCAUAAAUUAUCGAAGUUCCCAAUUUUUCUAAUCAUUAUCCCAAUCAUUGAAUAAUUUUGUUUUUCUAGGAAGUAAAAAAGAUUGACACAGAAGAACAAUUGGAAGUUUUCAUGGAACAUCACGGUGAAAAAAUAAUUGAUAGACUUGGUGAUGAAAUCGAUAGAAUUGAAGGUGAAAUUACGAAAAAACAUCCAGAUAUUCGUCAUGUCGAUUUAGAAGCAUUGUAA